UGCUAUGGGAACGGUGCACGCAGCUCCGCGCCGCCUUAGCGGCGUCGCUGCGGUUUGGCCUUGUUGAGGGGGUGCAGAAUGCAUGCAGCUGAAAAGAAAGUCCGUGCCUUUGUGCGAGUCAAGCCAACAGCUCAUUUUGCUCAAGAUGUGAUCAAGUUUGGGCCAGACAACAAGAGCAUAGAUAUAUACAUCAAAAAAGAUGCCAAGAAGGGAGUUGUGAAUAACAAACAGACCGACUGGUCCUUCAGACUGGAUGGUGUCCUUCACAAUACCUCCCAGGAACUGACGUAUGAGACUGUAGCUAAGAAAUUGGUGUCUGAAGCUUUAACUGGCUAUAAUGGUACAAUAAUGUGCUAUGGGCAAACAGGGGCUGGUAAAACUUACACAAUGACUGGAGCAACUGCAGAGUACAAGCAUCGAGGCAUCAUACCCCGAGCUGUGCAGCAGGUCUUCAAAGCAAUCGCGUGUUCUGUUGAUUCAUUCAUCACUGUCAGGAUAUCCUACUUGGAAAUCUACAACGAGACACUGUGUGACCUUCUGUCCACCACGACAAGCAGUGGGGCCAGUGACGUGCAGAUGGCUGUAGUGGAUUGCCCACAGGGUGUUUAUGUGAAAGGCUUAUCUAUACAUUCUGUUAGCGACGAGGAGGAUGCUCUCAAUCUCCUUUUUGAGGGUGAGACCAACAGAGUGAUAGCAGAACACUCGCUGAAUAAAAAUUCCUCCAGAUCUCAUUGCAUCUUUACUAUCUAUAUUGAGACUCGUGUCAGAGUUCUCUCAGAUAUCAGAUGCAUUAAUUCUAAGAUCAACUUAAUAGACUUGGCAGGAUCCGAGAGACUGAGCAAGACUGGAUCUGAAGGGCGGGUGCUGAAGGAAGCCGCGUACAUCAACAAGUCUCUGUCAUUCCUUGAGCAAAUCAUCAUUGCCCUGGCUGACCCGAAGAGGGAGCACAUCCCCUUCCGGCAGAGCAAGCUUACCCACGUUCUCAAGGACGCCUUAGGGGGAAAAUGCAAUACUGUCCUAGUGGCCAAUAUCUGUGGGGAAGCUCUGCAUGUAGAGGAGACUUUGUCUUCUCUUCGUUUUGCUACCAGAAUGAAAUGGAUCACAACAGAGCCAGUCGUUAAUGUGACAUACGACUCAGAGGGAACAGUGAAGACUUUGGAGAAGGAAAUCAGUCUUCUGAAGCAGGAGCUGGCCAUGCAUGACAGCUUGGUAAAUCGUUCUUUGGUGACUUAUGGCCCUCUGACUGAUGUCCAGGUAGCAGAGAUUAAAUCUCAAAUCCAUAAAUAUCUACAAGGAACCAUUGAUGAAAUUGACAUAAUGAACUUCAGGCAAGUCCAGGAGGUAUUUAGGCAGUUCAAGCUGAUUGUAAGACAACAGGAAGGUGAAGUGGAAACCAGAUUGCGAAGCAAGUAUGUUCUGAUAGACAAAAACGACUUUGCUGCUAUUGCUGCUGCUCAGAAGUUGGGUAUAGUUGAUGUGGAUCACCAUUUGUUGAAGAGACGAGAUGUGGAGACCAGACCUACCCCAGUUUCACCCAAACCUGAUGAGAAGAAGAAGAAAUUCAGGACAAGCAGUGAGCAGUUCAAGAAGGAAGGAACUAAAAGCUUCUUUUCUGGGAGAGACCUGGCUGCUCACUUACCAUCAAAAAGUCAGGUAAUCAUUCCCACCAAGAAUUUGGAUGUGAAAGAGAAAGCAAAGAAUGAGGAUACAGCAAAAAAUGAUGCACAGCCCUCAAAGCCAGUCUCUGAGGAGAUUUCCCAGCGGCCCAGCUCCCCUCCAUCCAGGGCAGUGGCAUUUGAGCAAUUUAAGGAGGAGUGUGGAAGUGAGAUCAACAGGAUCUUUAAAGAGAACAAAAGCAUCCUCCUCGCCAGGAGGAAGAGAAGCAGUACGGUUGCCCGGAGGAUCAACAUCAUCAAACAGGAAAUGGAGGACAUCAAAAAGGCUCUGGAGGCUCAGAGGCAGGAGCGGUCGCAGCAGGGAGAGUAUGUUGAUGAGAAAGGACGCCUCAUCAUUGAUGAGAAGGAGUUUUUACUCAUCAUGAAGUUAAAGGACCUGAAGGAAGAGUACAGAUGUAGCUAUGCUGAACUGCAGGACCUGAAGGCAGAAAUCCAGUACUGCCAGCACCUGGUGGACCGGUGCAGGAACAAACUCAUCUCAGAGUUUGAGAUCUGGUACAGUGAGUCUUUCCUCAUCCCCACGUAUGUGCAGAAUGCCCUGAAGCCCAGUGGCAACAUCAGACCUGGAAUGAUUCCCAUAAACAGAGUUAUGUGCCUGGAGGAAGAUGAGCAGGAAAGGUUCGAGCGGAUGCAGGAGGCGAUGCUGCCCGCUGGGCCGGAUUCUGUCUCGUUCUACAAGGCAAAAAUGAAAACUGAUCAAAAGCACACAUACAACAGAGCCAUGUCAUCCCUCAAACUAAUGCACAAGAAACCUGGGCACAUCACAGCUGCAGGGAAGGACAGAGCCCUGCCGUUUCUGCAUGUCACAUAGCAGACUGGGGCUCGCCUGGCAUUCUGCACAAGGGGGAUGAGCAAUGUCACUUUAUUUUCACAACUGGUUUAUCAAAAAUAAACAGAAGGGAAAAAAAAAUA